AUGGAAUGUAAUCAAUUCAUUCGUCCGUUUAUUUUGGUUGCCCGAAGAUGCAGAAUACAUAGUCGCGGGGUUGCUUCUACUUCUACAACCACUAUGGAACCCAAACCAAAACCAAUUUACUUGGACGUGCAGGCGACGUCUCCUAUGGAUCCGAGAGUUAUUGACGCAAUGAUACCAUAUAUGGCUAAUGAGUUCGGAAACCCUCACAGCCGUACUCAUCAGUACGGUUGGGAUGCUGAAGCCGCAGUUGAAAAAGCUCGUAGCCAGGUUGCUAAUUUAAUUGGAGCUGAUUCGCGCGAAAUAGUUUUUACUUCUGGUGCUACAGAAUCUAACAAUCUUGCAGUCAAAGGCGUGGCUCAUUUUUAUCGACAGUCUGAUAAGAAUCAUAUAAUCACAACUCAAACGGAGCACAAAUGUGUUUUGGAUUCUUGCCGUCACUUGGAGAAUGAGGGUUUCUGUGUGACGUAUUUGCCAGUGAGAAAGAAUGGAGUCAUUGAUUUGGAGAAAUUUGAGAAGUGCAUAACGCCUGAGACUGCUCUCGUUUCUGUGAUGGCUGUAAAUAAUGAAAUUGGAGUGAAGCAACCAAUUAAAGAAAUUGGUGCUGUCUGCAGGAAAAAAAAAGUAUUCUUCCAUUGUGAUGCAGCCCAAGCAGUAGGAAAAGUACCGAUCGACGUUAACGACAUGAAAAUUGAUUUAAUGUCCAUUAGUGGCCACAAAAUUUAUGGCCCUAAAGGUGUUGGAGCACUAUAUGUACGCCGUCGGCCACGGGUUCGGAUCGAGGCCCAAAUGUCCGGUGGAGGACAGGAACGUGGAAUGCGCUCUGGAACUUUGCCUGUGCCAUUAAUUGUUGGUUUGGGGGAGGCCUGUGAUAUUGCAAAAGAUGAGAUGGAAAUGGAUGGUGCUCACAUAAAAAACUUGGCUGAAUACUUUUUGAAGAAGAUAAACGAGAAUAUUACGCACGUGAUUCGCAAUGGUGACCCAGAAGAAACAUUUCUUGGUUGCAUAAAUUUGUCCUUUGCGUACGUUGAAGGAGAGAGCCUGAUGAUGGCCCUUAAGAAUGUUGCACUUUCUUCUGGAAGUGCCUGUACUAGCACUUCUUUAGAGCCGUCCUAUGUCCUACGCGCCAUCGGAGCUGAUGAAGACCUUGCUCAUUCUAGUAUCCGUUUUGGCAUUGGGCGCUUUACUACUAAAAAAGAAAUUGAUUACACCGUUAAGCUAUGCAUAAAGGAAGUAAAACGUUUACGAGAUAUGAGCCCACUGUGGGAAAUGGUACAAGAAGGUAUAGAUUUGAAGACGAUUCAGUGGAGCCAACAUUGA